UUGGGUUGACCAAAGGUAAACAAACACGCGAAAUGACGUUGAAAUAUUUCAUUAUCAUUUCAGCUGGUUCACAUCAGUUUCUGUACAGCACAAGUUCGUUCUUCAGCUUGUGAAACGCAUUAUAAAACCCGAUCAACAAGACGAGAAGAUGGUUUUUCCACGUGUGCAGUUGUGCACUCGACACAUGAGCACAGGGCUUCAAGUCUGUGGUUAUGCAACACUCGGUAAAGCAUCCAGACCCCAGGAGAAAAGUGGUCCAGUUUUUCAGUAUGUUGGCCAGCACAAGAAGCCAAACCACAAAGUGUUUGUAUGGGGCUUUAGCUUCACCGGUGCUCUGGGUAUCCCCAGCUUUGUGGUCCCGGACAGUGGCAGGAAGAAACCCCGCAAAUACCAGCUUACACCUUACCGGCUAGAGACGGCAGAGCAGAUCUCUUUUGCUGCUUGCGGUUACGGCUUCACUCUCAUCGCCUCCCCGACCAAAGAUGUGAUCAAGCUGUGGGGCAUGGGCCUAAACAAGGACUCUCAGCUGGGUUUCCAGCGCACACAACACAGCCACCAUCAGGGCUAUGACUACGUGUUGGAGCCCUCCCCGGUGGCUCUGCCUCUUGUCGAGCCUCAGCAGACCAGAGUGGUUCAGGUUGCAUGUGGCCGUGCUCACUCUCUGGUCCUCACCGACCAAGAGGGAGUUUUCAGUAUGGGCAACAAUGCAUAUGGCCAGUGUGGAAGGCAGAUUGUUGAAGAUGAAGUCUACAGUGGCAGUCACAUCAUUCACAAGAUGGAAGGCUUCAGCAGCAGGGUCAUCCAGGUGGCAUGUGGACAGGACCACAGCCUUUUCCUCACUGAGACAGGAAAAGUGUUUGCAUGUGGAUGGGGUGCAGAUGGACAGACGGGCCUGGGACACCACAACGUCAGCUCCAGUCCGGUGGAGGUGGGCGGGGAUCUGGCUGGGGUGGAUGUGCAGCAGAUCAGCACGUAUGGAGACUGCAGCCUGGCUGUGUCCAGAGAUGGACAGCUGUACGGAUGGGGCAACUCUGAAUACCUGCAGCUGGCCUCGGUCACUGAGGCCACACAGAUCAACUCUCCUCGACUUCUUCCUCUUAAAGGCUGCGGAAAGGUUGUUCAGGCAGCAUGCGGAGGCACACAAGUGGCCGUUCUCAACGAAAAAGGAGAGGUGUUUGUUUGGGGCUUUGGCAUUCUUGGAAAAGGCCCAGAACUAUCUGAAUCAUCGGCCCCUGAGAUUAUUCCCUCCACACUGUUUGGACGCUCAGAGUUCAACCCCUCAGUAGCUGUCACCAGGAUCAGGUGUGGGCUCAACCAUUUUGCUGCAGUGACGGAUCGAGGCGAGCUCUUUGUUUGGGGGAAGAAUGUGAGAGGCUGUUUGGGCAUCGGGAAGAGAGAUGACCAGUACUUCCCAUGGCGAGUGACUGUUCCAGGUCAUGUGGUGGACGUAGCGUGUGGUGUUGACCACAUGGUGGCACUGGUGAAGUCCCUCUUGUGAGCUUGGAUCCUCAGCGGUGGAUGACCCGCUGACCCCUGGGUGCCUCAGGGAGCCGAUCGGGACCACGCUGGAGUCUUGAAGCCAGCUGCUCUCCACAGGUGACGGACCCUCGUGUCCCUCUGUCCUGCACUGACGUCAAACAAGAGUGCAGCGCUGUCGAUCCUGCAGCACACUGACACAGCUCACUUCAUCCUGUGUGAAAGUCAUAUCGGAAAGACAUGAAAAGAUAGUUUUGGUUUAUUACAACUAGAGCUGAAACAAUUAGUCCAUGAAUCAAUUUAGCCAUUUUUUUUUCAAGCAAAACUGUAAAAGCUUCUCCAAUGUGAGAAUGAAAUUUGCAGUUGCAGCUCUAAUUACGACUUGGGCUUUAUUUUUAUUAGUUUGGUGAUCAUUUUUAUAGUAUAGUUUCUGUUGUACUGAAGUGAGGAUAAUCUAACAUAACUAAAACACACAACAUAAACUAUGAAAAUAAGACCCAAGUUGUAAUAAACCUGACAAACCUCCUACCUAGUCCGAGUCAGUAGGUUAACACUGAAAAAUAUUGUGUUUUGUUCUUGCGGUUUGGAUUUAUUUGAAACGAUAUGUUGAGGCACUCGUCAGGCUUAUGAAUGUUUGUGAAACACUGUACCAUUUGAAGAGCCAGCGACAGCAUAAACAAUCCACAACAAAAUGAUUAUCUCCGUGCCAACUGCAAAUAGAGGUGAAGGCCUCACUGCCCAGGAGAAAACACAUUUUGAGAAAUCAAUUUUACAGCACGAACUCACGUGUCAUCAGUAGUGCGUGCAUGUUGUGCAUAUAAAAAGCAACAGAAACCUACAAACAUGGCCUCCUGACAACUCGAGAGGAUGUUGAUUGAAAAAUGUAAAUGAAACGAUCAAAAGAUGUAUUUUUAAUUGUGUUUAGUGUUUAAAGUUAUGUGCAGUACAUCCAGUCGGGAUUUACCCACUUUUAGGAUAAAUAUAGUAUAGUUAGUUUGAUGUCAUUAAAUACAACAUGAAAUGGAAAAUAAAUGAGAGUUAAUGUACUAUAUCAAAAUAAAUAUAUUUUUUGUUUACUA